AGCCCGUCGUCCUCCCGACGACCGGCUGGGUUGUAGAUCGACGCUUACCGGCAUUAGUUCUGUAUCAUCAAAGACAUCUCCAAGAACAUCGAAGCACAUACACAGCCACGUGUAUAAAUCUCUAACCGUUCAAUCUAGUAACUCGAUCAUCGCGUCGAACGUGGAUCGAUAAAAGCCCCCGCCAAAAAGUGCUUUUGUCAAUCCUUUUGUCACGUAGACUUAUAUAACUCGGCGGCGUCGGUAGCCGUAUAUGCACUCUCCAUUUUAACUCUAGCAUUCAGUACUCACCGAAAAGUGGUUUUACGAGCAGUUUUCCACCUCGGACCACCCCGUAAAACCGCUUUCCGAUGUUACUAUACGUUUGCUAAGGUGUAACUUCUCUCUCCAGGAUUCUCUCUCUCUCUCUGCAUGGUACCUAUAUAUAUAUAUCGUUCUCUAUAUGUAAAUAAAGUAAUUCUUCCCUCGCUUGGUCGUUCGCUAUCUCGUUGAAGCUCUCUCUCUCUCUCUGGCGUGAAAAAUCGGAUAAAGAUGAAAUUGUUGCAGUGAAAACGCUAAGAGAUGGCGUUUCACAAUCAUCUCUCGCAUGAGAUGGCGCUGCAGCAUUUCACAGAGCAGCAUUUGGGGGAAAAUACAGCGGUUUUAAGGAGUAUGAUACCGGAACAACUAGGACAGACUUCGUCGGAUGGGGCCGUAGGAACUGGGAGAGAACAAAAGGAUAUACAGAGAUUGAUGAUGGAGACGGCGGGGAAGCCACAGCAGCAACAACCACAACCAACACAGCUAGGUGGUGGAGGAGGUGGAGGUGGACCGACGUGGCUAAACAGCGCAAUUCUCCGGCAGCAGAACCAGUAUGUUGAUGGAAGUUUUCUACACUUACAGACCAAUUCAGACUCGGCGACAUCUGCCGCUUCGAACCAGUGGCUACCAAGGCCGAUUCUUCAACGGAACACUAGCGAUGUCGGUGGCGGUGACGAUAUCCCGGUGUCAAGCGACUCGAUGAUUGCCGCCGCGAUGUCGCACGGUUCAGCUGAUUUGAACACUAAUAAUGACAAUAGAAACAGUGGUAGCAACCAAAAUCAAGGGAACAAUAGCGGUGGUGGAGAGUUGGCCGAGAGCGAAGCUGGCGGUGGAGGGGACGGCGUUGGUACUUGGCAGAAUGCAAGGUAUAAAGCUGAUAUUUUGGCGCAUCCGCUUUACGAGCAGUUGCUUUCGGCGCACGUUGCGUGCCUGCGCAUUGCGACUCCAGUCGAUCAGUUGCCAAGGAUUGAUGCGCAGCUUGCGCAGUCGCAGCAUGUCGUCGCCAAGUAUUCAGUGCUUGGACAUGGUAAUCAGCAACUUGUAGGCGACGAUAAGGAGCUUGAUCAGUUUAUGACACAUUAUGUUUUACUGCUGUGUUCCUUCAAAGAACAACUGCAGCAGCAUGUUCGUGUCCAUGCAAUGGAAGCAGUAAUGGCUUGCUGGGAGAUUGAGCAGUCUCUACAAAGCCUAACAGGCGUCUCGCCAGGUGAAGGCACAGGUGCAACAAUGUCAGACGAUGAUGAUGACCAGGCAGAUAGUGAUCCCAACUUGUUUGAUGGAGGUUUGGAUGGGCCAGACAGCAUGGGUUUUGGUCCUCUUAUUCCAACCGAGAGUGAGAGGUCCUUGAUGGAGCGUGUCAGGCAAGAGCUGAAGCAUGAAUUGAAACAGGGUUACAAGGAGAAAAUUGUGGAUAUAAGGGAGGAGAUUCUACGCAAGAGAAGAGCAGGAAAGCUCCCUGGGGACACCACCUCUCUCUUGAAAGCCUGGUGGCAGUCUCAUUCCAAGUGGCCAUACCCAACGGAGGAGGACAAGGCUAGGUUGGUACAAGAAACAGGCUUGCAAUUAAAGCAGAUUAAUAACUGGUUCAUCAACCAAAGAAAGAGAAACUGGCAUAGUAACCCAUCAUCAUCCACGGCUCUUAAGAGCAAGCGCAAGAGAAGUAAUGCAGGUGAAAACAGUGGUGAACGCUUCAUGUAGAUGAUGUGCCCAGGACCCAAACCUUGAUGAUUCCUCCAUUCUUCGCAAUUCAAUGGGUGGUAAGCAUCAAAAUACAAAGUAAUGCAUAUAAAUGGUACGGAAUAUGGCUGCUGCUUGGCAAAUACUGCAGGGUUCAACAUGGAGGUAUUUGUUUUGCUUUUACAGAAAGGGCUAAUGUAGUGAGGCAGCAAUUAUAUAGUUACAAUUGAUUGGAUUGAACACCAAUCGCUGCCAAUUGACAGGUACGCCUGAAGUCAACUUAGGUAUCUACAAUACAUGUAUCAUUAUUUGCAUUAAGAGGUUCAAGUUUAAGAAUAUAUAUUGGAUCAGAAGCUACCUAGAUCUUUCUCCUUUUUUUCUCCUUUUUUCCCCUCAACUGCAUUGGCAGAUUUAAGAUUUUUAUUUUAUAUAUUUGUGAAUAAGAAAUAUUACAGGCUGUGGGUGUACAGUGCAAUAAUUUCUUGCAUUAUGCUCCUAAGUGUUUUACUA